GCGGGCCGCCCGCGGGCUUGCCCAGUCCAAAUGCACGCGGGCGGGCUAUGGUCCAGACCAAAAACGAAACGGUCUAAUUGGGCUUACGACUUGUUUUGUCCGCGGACAUAAUGGGCGCGACCAAAUGGACAUUGGGCUUGCCCAAAUUUGUAAAAAUCAAGGGUUUUAAGAUUUGGGGAAAAUUUUCCAAAUCCCUAACUCUCUUCUCAUUUCACAUCUCCGCUCUCUAUCGACUUCUUCUCUUCAUCGAAUUCACCUCUCCAUCUCUUCAUCUCUCUGCUCCAUCUCGAAUUGCUUCAUAUUAAUCUCCAUCUCUUUAUAUAUCUGCUUCAUAGCUCCUCGAUCUCUACCACUUCCUUUCCGAAGCAAGUCUUUUUCGCAAAAGGGUAGUCUCUUUGUCUUGCAGGAAAAAUGAAUAUGCCCCUAGGGUUAACAAAACAGACGUGAUGAAGAGAGGAAGCGAAAAUAACAACCACGAGACCAAACCAUCGCCAACACGACGUCUUCGCUGCAGUGAAAUCUCCCCCGGGGAAAAUUCCGGCGAUAUCACUAUUCCUACGGAUCUAGCGUUUAUGAAACCUAUAUGUGAAAAAAGGACAGGAUCAAUCGGUGGUCUUGGUGUACGGAAGCUUAAUACUAAGGUUGAGGAAUCGUAUGAAGCAAGAAAGAAGUUUCCAAACGCCAAGUCCAUAUCCUCUGCUCAGUUUUUGGGGGAUCAGAAUAAAGCUUCUGAUCUUGAAUCAGAAUUUACACUUGAGAAGUUGUCGAAUGAUUUCUCAUCAUUAGUGUGCAAAACGAAGGAGAGGCUCGGAACUUUGGGCUCUGUUAUCACUGGUCUAAAAAAUGGUAUAUUCCCCAGGAAACCAGGUAAUCCUGACGAUAUUAAAGCCCUUCGUAGGGAUGUGACAGAUUUGAUGCAUAAAUUACGUAGCGAAGAUGCUCAUGCCAUCCCUUGGGACACCCGUAUGAAAUGGGUCGAAAAAGUCUGUGACCAACUCGUAGAAGUUACAUUAGGCGUUGAUCUAGCAGGGGGUCUUGGACCGACAGUUUAUACACUCCGAGAAGAUGCAUGGGAUUUGUCGGAACAACUUAUCAUUGAGAGAGAUAGAGAGCGCGCGAGGCGAGAGAGAGAGAGUUCAAACUCGUGUAGUAAAUAAACCGAAUCAAAACGUUUCUAAGAAUGCUUAACAACUUCUAGUGUAUUUUCUUUUUUCUUUUGUUUGAGUCAAAGUUUCCAGUUUACUUCAUA